AUGUCGAACUAUUACCAGCCCCAACAAUCCUACGGCCCCGGCCCGGGCGCGGGCGGUGCCCAGAACCUCCAAUUCUACCCCUCCUCCUACUCCCCAGCCGGCGCCGUCUCGGGCCACGCAACCCCACAACAGGCCUCAUACGGCUACGGAGCUCAAGCACCCGCCGCGGGCGGUUUCGGCGGCGCGGGCGCCUUUGGCGCGCCUCCGGGUGGUGUGUCGGGUCGCAUGGGCGAGCAGGGCGGCCUGCGCACGGGUUGGUUGGCGGCCUUCUCGACGGAGGGGUACGACGGCGAGCCGCCCUUGCUCGAGGAGCUGGGCGUUAACUUUGGACAUAUCCAGGCAAAGACUUUAGCCGUACUUAACCCCUUCCGCCGCAUCGACCAACACUUGAUGGACGACGCAGACCUCUUUGGUCCCUUGCUCUUCGUUCUCUCUUACGGCACCUUUCUCCUCCUCUCCGGCAAAAUCCACUUUGGCUACAUUUACGGCCUCGCCCUCCUCGGCAGCACCUCCCUCCACAUAAUCCUCUCCCUCAUGACCCCAACCGACGCCCACCCCUCAACAACCCCCUCCGCGCCCCAGUACGGCGGUCCUGUCGGCGUCGGCGGCGGCGGCUACCCCGGCGCCCCAGAUUCCCACGACCACCCUGCCUCCCGCACCGCCGCAGGCCACUUCUCCUCCACCCUGACCUUUACGCGCUCGAGCUCCGUCCUGGGCUACUGCCUCCUCCCCCUCGUCGCCACCAGCGUCUUUGGCAUCUUCAUGCCCAUGGACACACCGCUCGGCAUCGUCUUCACCACCAUGGCCAUCCUCUGGUGCACCUACUCCGCCUCGGGCAUGUUCUGCGCCGUCGGACGGAUGAGGGGCAUGCGCGGUCUCGUGGCGUACCCGCUCGCGCUCUUCUACGUCGGGUUCGGCAUCAUGGGUAUCUUUAGCUCCAGAGGCAGCGGCGGGUCCCUGGCCAAGGCUGCGGCUGGGUUGAAGGGUUGA